CUCGCCAACGUCUUUCAGCAACCCGAUCAGUCCGCCCUCGUCGCAACCAAACUCCUGUCCGCUACUGUUCGUAUCGCAACCACAAGAUGUGCAGAACACAAGCCCAAGCCGAUGUGGCAAGUGGGAUCAACAUCCAGGGCCGCGAGCUUCUCCCCACCAAUGUCAUUCCCAAACACUAUCACAUCACCCUCGAGCCCGACUUCCAGAAGCUCACCUUUGAUGGUACCGUCGUCAUCGACCUCGAUGUCGAGGAGGACUCCAAGUCCAUCUCCCUCCACACUCUAGAGAUUGACAUUCACAAUGCCAAGAUCACCUCUGGUGGUCAGACUGUUAGCUCGUCGCCCAAGGUCUCUUACAACGAGACCACCCAGGUGUCUACCUUCGACUUUGACAAUGCCGUCAGCAAGGGCGCCAAGGCGCAGCUCGAGAUCCAGUUCACUGGCCAGCUCAACGACAAGAUGGCCGGUUUCUACAGGUCGACCUACAUCAACCCUGAUGGCACACAAGGUCUCUUGGCCGUCAGUCAAAUGGAGCCUACCGAUGCUCGCCGCGCAUUCCCCUGCUUCGACGAGCCUUCCUUGAAAGCCGAGUUCACCGUCACCCUCAUUGCCGAUAAGAAGUUGACCUGCCUUAGCAACAUGGAUGUUGCUUCCGAGUCUGAGGCUAAGGAUGGCAAGAAGGCCGUGACCUUCAACAAGUCGCCCCUCAUGUCUACCUACCUCGUCGCCUUUGUCGUCGGUGAGCUCAACUACAUUGAGACUAACGAUUUCCGUGUCCCCGUUCGCGUCUACGCUCCUCCCGGACAGAAUAUCGAGCACGGUCGCUUCUCGCUCGACCUUGCUGCCAAGACCCUCGCUUUCUACGAGAAGGUCUUCGGCAUCGAGUUCCCUCUCCCCAAGAUGGACCAGAUUGCCAUUCCCGACUUCGCUCAGGGUGCCAUGGAGAACUGGGGUCUUGUCACAUACAGAGUUGUCGAUCUCCUCUUGGACGAGAAGGUCAGCGGUGCUGCUACCAAGGAGCGCGUCGCCGAGGUUGUCCAGCACGAGCUUGCUCAUCAGUGGUUCGGUAACCUGGUUACAAUGGACUGGUGGGAUGGUCUCUGGCUCAACGAGGGCUUCGCUACCUGGGCUUCUUGGUACUCUUGCAACAUCUUUUACCCUGAGUGGAAGGUCUGGGAAACUUAUGUUACGGACAACCUCCAGCGGGCUCUCGCUCUUGACUCCCUCAGGAGCUCUCACCCCAUCGAGGUUCCUGUCAAACGUGCCGACGAGAUCAACCAGAUCUUCGAUGCCAUCUCCUACUCCAAGGGCUCUUGUGUUCUGCGCAUGAUCUCUACCUACCUCGGCGAGGAUGUCUUCUUGGAGGGUGUUAGACGUUACCUCAAGAAGCAUGCCUACGGCAACACUCAGACUGGUGAUCUCUGGGCUGCUCUUGGCGAUGCUAGCGGAAAGAGCGUCGAGGAGGUUAUGGAUGUGUGGACCAAGCACGUGGGGUACCCAGUCGUUACCGUUACCGAGAAGGACGAGAAGACCAUCCACGUCAAGCAGAACCGUUUCCUCCGUACUGGUGACGUCAAGCCUGAGGAGGACAAGGUUAUCUUCCCUGUUUUCCUCGGCCUCCGCUCCAAGGAUGGCAUUGAUGAGAGCCUUACCCUUGACAAGCGUGAGGAUAGUUUCGAGGUUCCCAGCACUGAGUUCUUCAAGCUCAACGCGAACCACACCGGUCUCUACCGUACCUCUUACACUCCUGAGCGCCUUGAGAAGCUCGGUGAGGCGGCCAGGGAGGGUCUCCUCAGUGUCGAGGACAGAGCUGGUAUGAUUGCCGAUGCCGGUGCCCUUGCUUCUUCGGGCUACCAGAAGACCUCUGGUGUUCUGACCCUUCUCAAGCGAUUCGACUCUGAGAAGGAGUUCAUUGUCUGGAGCGAGAUCAUCUCUCGCGUUGCUGCUGUUCAGGCUGCUUGGAUCUUUGAGGACAAGGCUAUCCGCGAUGGCCUCGAGGCUUUCCAGCGUGAGCUUGUAAGCCCUAGGGCUCACGAGAUGGGCUGGGAGUUCUCUGAGAGCGAUGGUCACAUUGAGCAGCAAUUCAAGGCCAUGCUCUUUGGCAAUGCCGGCCUCUGCGGUGACGAGAAGAUCAUCGCUGCUGCCAAGGAGAUGUUUAAGAAGUUCAUUGCUGGCGACAAGUCGGCCAUCCACCCCAAUAUUCGUGGCAGCGUCUUCAGCAUAGCCUUGAAGUACGGUGGCAAGGAGGAGUAUGAUGCUGUUCUCAACUUCUACCGUACCUCCACCAACAGCGAUGAGCGCAACACCGCUCUCCGCUGCCUCGGUCGCGCCAGGAGCCCCGAGCUGAUCAAACGGACCCUCGACCUUCUUUUCAGCGGUGAGAUCAAGGACCAGGAUGUGUACAUGCCUACUGCUGGCCUCCGUAGCCACCCUGAGGGUAUCGAGGCUCUCUUCAACUGGAUGACCGAGAACUGGGAUGAGCUCGUCAAGAGGUUCCCUCCUCAGUUGUCGAUGCUCGGAACCCUUGUUACCAUCUUCACUUCCAGCUUCACCAAGAGAGAGCAGUUGGCCAAGGUUGAGAAGUUCUUCGAGGGCAAGAACACCAACGGCUUCGAAAUGUCCUUGGCCCAGAGCUUGGAUGCUAUCCGCUCCAAGGUUGCGUGGGUUGAGCGUGACGGCGAGGAUGUUGCCAAGUGGGUGAAGGACAACAAGUACAGUGCGUAAAGACGGCAAAACCACUGAAAGGGUUGAUGAAGGCCAAAGGUGUGUCUGACUUUUGAUGGCCAGGUUCCUCGGAAAAUGGAACGCCAUCAGCGACGAGGUAUGUGCAUAAGCUUUGAAUAGGCAAAGAGUCAUGAAACAGCAUAACAAGGGCCAUGUGUUUGGGAGGGUGUUAAAGAUACCAUGACUGUGCAAUGCAUACAAUAGAAGCGACAUAUUGCAAAUGGAGGUCGUUGAUGCGGCAUCAAGCCAAAUUUAACCGUUGGAUAUCCUCUG